GCUUCCGCGUUGUCCGUUCGUUCGGUCGUCCGUCCGCGUCUUCAGCGUGAUCACCGUAUACUCGCACGGCGUACUGUCCGAUCCCGGGAGACUCCGUCUGAUUGUCUCUCACAAACGUGAAUCGUUCCGGUUCGUCUUGUCGAUUUUUUUCCCUUUAUAAUACUUUCGAUUUUCGAACCCGCCGAACUCUUUUUCGCGUUUUCGUGCACCGACCGUGAAACUUUCGCGUGAUCAAUUCGCGAGCGCCGUCGCUCUGCACUUUCUUCUGUCCCCUCACCCCAUCCCCCCCAAAAAAACCACCACGACCCGAUUUACUGUCGUACGGGACACGACACGUCCGAUAGUGACGAGCGAAACGAUCUACGUCCCGGAAGAGUGGCCGCUACGGUAGCCAGCGUCGUCUACGGGUGACUUAUCGGCCAGUACUUACAGCCAGUGUAACCGUUUUGUGACACACGUAAUCUACUGCAGCGGACGCGGAGGAGACAACAAUUCUCUCGCGCAUGAGGAAGGCAGUCGCGCCGCAGUGAUCGUCGUCGGUCGGCCGACCGCCGCCGCCACCACCGCCGCCACCGCCUCCUACCUACCGUCAUGACAAUGACGACAACAACGACAACAACAACAACUGCGAUGACGGCGAUCGCGAUCUGGUGCGUGGCCGCUGUGAUGGGCGCCGCCGGCGGUCUGGUGUUGGACGGCACGUACGGCCAGUUCCGGAAGUGGAACGCGGGCGUUAACGGCACGCUUGAGAUGGAGUUCAAGACGCGGUCGCCAAACGGGCUGCUCAUGUACACAGACGACGGCGGCACGUACGACUUUUUCGAGCUGAAAAUGGUGGAGGGCACCAUGCGGCUGCGGUACAACCUGGGCGCCGGUGCCCAGAUACUGAUGGCCGGCCACGACCUGUACGACGGCAGGUGGCACCGAGCGGCCGUCGAGCGCCGCGGCCGCGUCACCGCUCUGACCGUGGACAACGCAACCAGCGCGGCCGCGUCCGCCGGCAAGGAGCUGCAGUUCGGCCGGCUGGCGUCCAACUCGGCCGUGUACGUGGGCGGCAUGCCCGGCUGGUACAACGGCCGGCUCACCCGGCUCGCGCUGCCCAGCGUCAUAUUCGAGCCCCGGUUCAGUGGCGCCGUCCGCAACGUUGUCUACACUGACGACUUUUACCCGUACCCGAGGCGGCAGACCGCAAUCACAGAUCCAGCCCGACAGCCAAAGUGCACUGGUGCAAGAUGUCGUCGUACGCUGAAUAGAGACAAAAAGACAAAGGUUACCAAUGGAGGAAUUAAUGGACAUCAUCGUGGUGGAGGUAAUUCAGAUGCCUGUGAAAAACACGACCCUUGUCAACAUGGUGGAAUUUGCAUAUCUACAGACGAUGGGCCAAAAUGUCAAUGUCGCGAUAAAAAUUUUGAAGGGGCAUACUGCGAGAUAGAUAAGGUAAUGGCAGAAGCUUCAUUUACUGGAGGAGAAUUUUUGAAAUACGCAUUCGAUGGUAACACUGAAGGAGAUUCAUUCGUAUUGCAUUUCAAAACUAAAAAAACAGCUGGACUACUUUACCACAUGGGAGACGGCUCUAGUAACUACUUAAACGUGGGUAUCGUAACUGGUGGUAUUACAGUGACGAUGAGAGUGGGAACGGGCUCAUUAGAUAUGUUUAUCAAGCCAAACAGAAUACGGUUUGACGAUAACCAAUGGCAUAAGAUAUCAGUCACACGCAAAGUACAAGGGAUAUCUGCAGUCACCAGUUUUUGCAAGCUGGCCGUGACAGUGGACGAGGUGUACGGCGAACAGGGGAGUUCUGCGGGCGCGUUUACGUCCUUGACCCUAGGAUACUUAUACCUGGGUGGCAGUGAGAACACCGUCGCGUUGCCGGGCACAAAAGCGAGCACAAACUUCGUGGGAUGCAUUCGAAAAGUGGAGUACACUUCCGAUGGCGUAAAUAAAUACGAUUUCUUAGAAAUGGGAAAAACUGGCAUUUCGACUAUACAAGUAUAUGGCCGAUUGCAAUUUUCGUGCCAAGACUUUGGAAUGGACGAUCCCGUGUGCCUGUCUACGCCCCGAUCAUUCCUCACGUUGCCUAAUUGGGACGGUACGACCAGUGGUUCAAUUUCAGUAAAGUUUCGGACCAACGAGCCAGAUGGUCUAUUAUUUUUCAGCAGAGGUCAAACUGAACAUACCUCUGGUAUUUAUGCGGUUGAAAUGGUUGACGGACGACUCUACGUGUAUUUGGAUUUGGGCGCUGGCGGCACUCGUGCUGAAGUGAGUUCGGAAAAGAUCAAAGUCAACGACGGUCAAUGGCACGAGUUUUCGAUAUGGCGUAAUGACAGAGAUAUACACUGCACCGUAGACGAUUACUCUUCAGAUUUCACGACAAACGGUGAUUCUAAUCAGUUACACCUACAAAACGGUAUCAUGUUGGGAUUCGGUGGUCGGGCGGUGUACCACAAAAAGAUACCACCUGGCGUGUGGACACUGUCAUUGGAAACGGGAUUCGUUGGGUGCGUGCGUGACCUCGUCCUGGAUGGUGUAGCAAUCAAUUUGGUCAGCUCGUCUCUAGAACAGGACCACGUGUCCGUAACUCCACAUUGCCCUGAAUCUACAAACAGUUGCAAAUCAGACACUUGUUACAAUGGAGGAAUUUGUCACGAAGGCUGGAACCGUGUGAUAUGUGACUGUUCAAACACCGAGUACGCUGGAGCCACUUGCAUGAAAGAAUCAUCCAUGUACAGUUUUAACGGAACACAAUACGUACAAGCAAUAAUGCCAGAAAAGAUGACAACUCAAGUUGAAGACAUGUAUUUUCGAUUCAAAACAAAUAGACCGUUGGCCGUAUUAAUGAAGACUUUCGACAGUUCAUGGGAUAGGCUGGAAAUUGCAUUGAUAGUUGGAAAAAUUAGAUUAGCCUUAAAAAUCGGUGACAAAGAAAAGGUGGUUCUAUGUGGAUCUCAUUUAGACGAUAAUAACUGGCAUUCAGUGCACUAUAUAAGAAGGGCACACGAAAUUCGUUUGAAAGUGGACAAUGUUACUGUUAAAAAUGAUUCCGAUAUGGAAGAUAAAAUAACUCUUAGAUGGCAAGGUCUAUUAGUUGGUGGAACACCUCCUAAGGAUCCAGACGCUUUAGCAAAUCUCCCCAGCUUCAUCGGUAGCAUCCAACAAUUUAUACUCAACAAAAUUAAUUAUUUUGAUCUCGCAAAAAUUUCAACCAAAGGCUUUUCGGAAGACUUGCCCAAAGUACACAUGACCUCCAAAUAUCAAAAACAAGAAAAACCUCCUUCGUUGGUGCACACGGUUACGUUCCUAUCAAAGAAUACGUUUAUAGGAUUGCCACCAUUAAAGGCCUACUCCAGAAUGGAAGUUUACUAUCGAUUUAAGACUAAGCACACAUCCGGAUUGUUUUUCUACAACGGUGGAAAACACAACGACUUUGCACUUGCCGAAUUGAUCAACGGCCACAUACUUAUCAACAUUCGUUCAGGCACGCACGUGAUUCGACUUCGGGACACUUCGAAGAAUAGUUACAGUGACAACUAUUGGCAUUCGGUGCACUUGUUACAAAUAUCGGCCACUAUGUUUUGUCUACUUAUUGACGAUCAGGUAGCGUCAACCACAACCAUCUCUAGACCACACAAUAUACAAUUGAACGGGAUGUUUUAUGUUGGUGGCGUGCCUAAAGAAUUGCAUAAACGUCAGUCAAAGCAUAUACACUCGAGACACGGAUUUGAGGGAUGCAUGUCCGGAUUGGAAUACAAUGGCGAAUCUCCGGACAUGGUCGAGAACGCCACCAUACCCAGCACACUCGUCACCGUUGGUUGUGACGGACUCAGCAAAAUGUGCACGCAAGACAUGUGUGACAACCACGGAACGUGCGUGGAACAGUGGAAUUCGUAUUCGUGCGAUUGCGACAUGACUGCAUUCGUUGGACCGACAUGUUCUGAACCGUCUAUUUCUUAUGAUUUUGGCCCUGAUGGGGGUCUUGUGACAUAUGCGUUCCCCGACGGACGGCAACCAGAUAUGCAAAACGACCUAUUGGCUUUGGGUUUCAUCACGUCCAAGUCCAGCGGUGUGCUGUUCCGUGUAGAAAGUGGCACUUCUGGUGAUUACCUACAACUUGAAAUGGUGAAUGGACACAUUGUAGUAAUUUACAACGUCGGGACUAAUGACCAUCCUAUCGGUGAGGCAAAUGUCAUAGUGAACGAUAAUUCCUAUCAUUUGGUCAGAUUUGUAAGGUCGGGGCCAAACUCGACUUUGCAGGUGGACGAUAAUAGUAUGCAAACUCUGUAUCCUUCAGGACAUCAACUCAGCGUGUUCAAUAGACAGUCAACAAUUCAAGUUGGUGGUCGGUGGAAUAAAACUAAACAACGUAUUGAAGACGCGUUCGAAGGAGUUAUGGUGGGUUUGGUCUUCAAUGGCCUCAGAGUGUUUGACUUGACGGCCAACAGAGAUCCAAGGACAACCAGCAAAGGAGAUGCUCAGCAGUUGUCAUCGAUUUUGGACAGGCUGAACGAACACUCUCUGCUGGAUACCAUGCAACAGACACCAGCAUCCGGGGUAAUGGACGACUUAGUCUACUCUGGAGCAGGAUCUGGUUGUAACCAUGACGAUGAAGACCAGUGUACUGUAACAUUUGAUGUUGGGUCUGGAGAUGACUUGAUUACACCCGUCUAUGUACCUCCAACAGUUGUACCACCUCCAUCAUUAGUAACUGAAGUCCCUGGAGCGUGUGAUGACGAAGAAACCGAUUGUAUUACGGGUUCUGGAUUUGGCCCAACGUCUUCUACUGACGAUUCAGCCACUACUAUUAAAAGUUUACAUCCGGUGGUGACGACGUUCAACGGCGCUACCAACUGGACGACGUCGUCCGUUAACCGAUCCUCGGGGGUGGAACAGCAGUCGGCGAACAAGACCGGCGCGGCGGGCACGGCAAGUACCGCGGUCCCGGCCACCAAUCAAACGGAUCAGUCCUGGUCGUCGGCGGUCACGACCACCGCGACGAAAACGGCCACGCACUCAAGGGUGUCCGGUACCGAGGUAAGCGCGACCGCAACCGCGGUGACGAACACGAGCAGUUCGGCCGGCGUGUCGUCAUCCGGCGGCAACGAAAAGUCAACCGGCACUGUGGUAAUUACCACAAGCACUAUCAGUACCACGAUGCACUCGACAUUCUUCGACGGCGACAAGCAGACGAACGUGAAAUCGGGCGGUGGCGUGGGCGGCGGCGGUGGUUACGAAUACGGCGGCGGCAACCGUUACGGUGGCGGUUACGACGAACGCGAUGGCGAAACGAUGAUGACCACGCCAAACGUGGUUUUCGGCGGCGAUCAUUUCCCGCCGGCGGCCAAACCGACGCCGCCCAAGCACGCCGAGCCGCCGAUCAACACGAAAGCGGCCGAGAGCACGGCGUUCGUAGUGCUCGUCACGGCCGCCACGCUCAUCAUCAUCGUGCUCAUCAUACUGCUCGUGCUCAAGGUCAAGUACAGGACCGACACGAACAGGUACAAGAUCGAAAUGCCCAAAGCUUACGGAGCGCCCGUCGAACAGGGCUCGGACAGGGGUGGCCUGUGCCAGCAGCAGCAGCAGCAGCAGCACCAUCUGCACCACCAGCAGCAGGCCAACCUGCUGUCGCCGGGCAACUAUCCGUCGUCGGCGCAGUCGUCGCCCACGUACGCGCACAACAACUUCAGGCCGCACAGUGGCGGAAGCGGUGUCGGCGGCAUCGUCGGAGUGAGCAACAAGCCGAAGAAGAGACAGGACGUCAAGGAGUGGUACGUGUGAGGCGGCCAGGCGUACACGUGCCGUACGCUCACCGCCGUUCCCAUACGGCACUGCUCGGAAAACAAUAACGAUAAUAAUACGCCCAAAUAUUAUUAUACCUACGACUUAGUAUUGUGUAUAUAAAGUGUACGAUAACGUUAUCAUUUAGGUACCUAUUUAAUAUUAUUAUUAUUGUGAAAUUUGUAAAUGUACAUAAUAAUAGGUAGGUGUAUAAUAGGUAUAAUAGGUAGCCCAUGUAAAUAUUAUAAUAUAUUUCGCGAGUCGCGACGACGUACGGAAACGGACCGUGAUUGCAUUGGUGGCGGUAACCGCACGUGGUAUAUAACAAUAUUAUGUGUAACCGCUUGCAACCAUAACAAUAUUGAACAGCACGCAUUGUUACCAUACGCGUAACGCCGACGUGAACGUUUAAACCAGCCCAACUAUAAUAGUUCUGAAUCGUGUUAUAUUUUAUAAUAUCGCAUUGAACGAUUGUUCACGAUAAAAUAUUCUUCGUCGAGCAUGAUAAUAAUAUAUUAUUAUUGUUUGUUAUACUCACAAUGUACAAUGACGUAUUGUAUCAUAUAAUAAUAUUAUAUCAUAUCCUAAUGGGUACUGUAAUUUACGGGACGAUCGAAUUGUAUUCGAGAAAAAAAAAUCGUCCGUGGCCACGUCAAAAAUCGUCUGCAAGACUAAAUUAUUACGAUGGUGAUUUAUACCUACAACGGGAUUGUGGUUGGAUUUUAAAUAUUUAAAAAUAAUGUGCUUGGCCGUGCGAUCGAAUUUUAUUAUAUACAUAUAUUAAUAAUUACUAUUAGACGCGUGUAAUUUGUAUUUGUAUUGUACUUUUUUUUCAACCAAUACUAUUUGUGUCAUUAUUCUUCCAUCCUCCACGGUGUACAUAUUAUUAUCAGGUACUUAAGUACCUAUACCAAUCGGUUAUAUUUUAUUAAUAUUAUUAUGACUAGGGUUAGGAUGUUUAUGGCCAUAAAAAGACUCUAAAAAAAUUAUUCAAAUAUGCCUAAAAUAUAUCAAAGAUGGAACCUUUGGGACCUACUCUUAAGACAUUAAAAUAUGACAUUAUAAAUUGCGUUAUUCGUUUAAAAUAAUAUAAUACCAAUACAUGUUUAAUAGCACACGUGGUACCUACACCAUACACAUUGAACGUUCGUGUAAAUGGGUAAGUUGUAAUACCAACCUAUGGCAUACUUACCUAUGCCCUAUAAUGGGCAUUACCUACGGUAUGUGAAUGUAUGACACGAUUGAGUAAUUUUCUUUGAUAUCUAAAAUGUAAGAAAAAUACAUACAAUGAAUACCUACAAUUUUACAAAAAGACGACCUAUGGUACAAACGUAAGAACGUUUUAUAAAUAGUAAAAAUGCAUUUAUAACUAAAAGUAUGCAAAACUAAAUUAAAUUUAACUACUAUUCUGUGUCAUACCAGUCAGAUUUAUAAUUUAAACUGAAACGUGCACGACAAAAAAAAAAUAUGUAGCUGGUACAAGUCAUAAACAUCUUAACACUAAUUUAUUGCGAUUGUACGCGACGUGCUGAGAAUGUUCCAUUUUACUAGUCAACUUUAUGGAUAUAAUAAUAUAUCAGUACGACAAUACGCAUUGAUUUUCUAUUGGCAUUUUUAUAUUUGCUCUCUGUUUUACUACUAACAUUAGGCAUACCGUAUUGUUAUAUAGCUAUGUUAUAUGGUACGCGUAUUCAUCAACAGAAAUCCAUGGAUAUUGAUUUCGAUGGAUUUUUUUUUCGAUUUUGCGUUUCAAGGAUGAGACAAUAAUAUUUAUUACUUUUAUAGGUAGGUAUUUAAAAAUAACUCAAAAUAUAGCUACAACUACUACUACUACUACUUUUAUUUAUUUUAUCCUGAAUCGUCGACCCGGUUUAGGACUGCUUUCCCGCCGGGCCGUCAUACAUUAUUUACAAUAAUAUAGCAAGUAGGUACAAUAAAUUACAAUUACAGUUAACAAAAUUACAGAUAUUUUUACCACAAUAAUUUGCAAGUAACGGUUGUGUUCAGCACCUUGGCGUCGGUUUAUCAUCGGUUCGCGUACUGUGGCUGCCCAUUAUUAUUAUUACUACUACUACUACUACUACUAUAAUAAUUAUAAAAUGUUAUAUCAUUGCAAAUAUGGGUUGUAUUAUUAUUACUAUUAUUAUUAUUAUUAUUAUAUUGUUCCUUGUAUAAUCUACAAUAGCCAAAUUGUAGCAAAAUAUGAUCUAUCAUAACAAUUUCAUUAAGGUCUAACAGUAACAUCAAAUUCACAAUACCAUAGUACUAUAGGUAACCUAACCUACCUAUAGUAUAUUAUUAUAGUAUAUUAUAAUUGUUAAGGGCAUUAUCUGUAAUUUACUCAAUACAUAAUAUUACUAUUGUUAUUAUUAAAUUUGAAAUUCAGAAGUACCUACCUAUUGUAAAUUUAACCUACCACGUCAUCGCCGAUUAAUUACCGACAUUUUUAAAUUUUCAGAUAUUAUUUUGUCUAUUCUAUCUUGUUUGAUUUUAAUAAAUAUGGCGUGUACAUCGUGUAUGUCGCAGGAUUUUCAAAAGUUGCCCUAGGAAAUGUCUAUAGGUACCUAUAGAGUUUGUUAAUAAUAUGUAUUGUGUACGGUGUAACUACGUCUAAUAAGUAAUACAAUAAUAUGCCAUCAAUAUUCAAUAUUGCUACAAGUUAUGUCACAGCGUAAAAUUAAACGAAAAGUACCUACCUAUAUGGUUAUUAUUUUUAUUUUUUAAAUUUCCAAAAAAAUUAUGUUUUUUAAAAUAAUAACUUGUGCUUUGUAUGAUUCUAGACGACUAUCCGUAUAAUUUAUUAAAAUUGUAAAUAGACAGAAGACCAAUGCCAAAGAGUAGGAACAAAUUCGAAAUCAUCGUGUUAGGUAUCUCAAAUUGUAUACGACUGUGGUCAGUGACAUGAUAAAUAAUUAUGUAUUAAUAAUACUAUUAUGACAUGUAUUAUUAGUUAUCACUAAUGAAAAUGUAGUACAAAUUAAUUUGAAAGGUGUUGAUGUUUAUUUUUCUCAAAUCGUGUAAUAUCUAAAUAGACGUUUUAUAUUAAUUUUACUUACUUAGGUACUUAGUUGAAAAUAUUGGCUUAAAAAUUUAGAAUUUCUUAUGCAUAAACUAUACCUUCACCUUUUUUUCUUUACACUCGUUAAUUAACAAUCACAUAUCAAUUGAAAAUACUGAUUGUAUUGUAUGCUUUAUUUGACUCUUAAAAUACCUACCUAACUAAGUACCUAACUAAUUACUAAUACCUAAUACCAGACAUACCUAACUAUAUAAAUCAAUAUUGGAGUAUAAUUAAGUGCCUAGUGUAAUAUCAAGAAUAUACCAGAAAAUAUUAGUUCUCAUCCUUGAAUUUAGCUAUGUAAUGUAUCCUAUAGUUCUUAUUAUUAAUUAUAUUGUUUUUACUAUUGUUGAUUACCAACCUUAUGUACGAAAUAAAUUGUAAGGAUAUAAUAUUACUAAUUAACGGACUAGAAAUUUACACAAACCAACUUUUGUCGUUGGUCUAUAACAAUGUAAUUUUCUUGUUCCUUGUAUAAUGUAUAAAGAUUAAGAAUAUAAGAUAAUUUAAAAAAAAAGUGUAGAUUAUUCGUUAUAUAGUUAAAUUUUUGUACAAAAAAAAUUGUUAAUCUAUGACGUGCUAUAAAUAAAAUAUCUACCUACUAAUAGUUCUAAUCAAUAUUAUCAUGUUAUUUACACGCAAUAAUAGUUUUGUUAGUUGACUUAUUGUAGAUAAUUAACUAGAUAGACAAAAUAUGUAUGAUUCAUAUAUGUAAAUAAAUUUUAAAUGUAGUUCCCAAAAUCUAAGCUCAAAAUUGAUCGUGAGGCGACAAUUUUAUUUUAUAUUUAGCUAAAACAACUAAUUUUCCUUGGUACCUAUUUGAUAUUGGUAUUCUGAUAGAAUAUAAACGGUGAUAAUAAUUAAAUUUAAUAACUAGUAAUAUAUUCUUAUUAAUCAAUAAUAAUAUUAUAACAACAUAAAUGAGAUCCGAAAACAAUACAAACGUCUUCAAGCGGUUUAAUGAAGCAUCAUCAAUAUAUAGCAUUUAUUAUUAAAUUACAUUUUAUAUAAUAAAAUAAUUGUUUAAAUUAUGUAUUGAUCAGAUACAUUCAAUUUCACAAAAUUAUUUACAUUUUACUAUCGUAAUCAACAUACACUUGAUUACACCAAGUAAUGAAUAAGGUAUUUUAAUAAAACAUUAAUAUCUAUAGACAAAAUGUGACUUUUUAGAAUAAUUAAAUCCCAUUAAAAUAUAUUAUAAUAAUUGUGUAUACUUUCUACCUAUUUAUAUUAUAUAGAUAUGAUUUUUAUUUCCAAUAUUAAACCAUUAUUAUUACCUUUUUGUAUUCUAAAAAGAUAUCCAUGUCAGAUUUUUACAUUAACAUCAGUUUAAUGGUUCAGAAAUAUUGUAUUUGUGUUGAAAUUAUUAUAAUCAAUUAGAUGUAAAACUUUCUAUUGAAAUAAUUAUGUGUUUUUUAUCAAUCAUUUAUUUAAUAUUCAAUUUUAACUAUUAUUUGGUGGUUUUAUUGUAUACAUUCUAAAAACUAGAACUAAUAAUUAUUAAUGGUGAGUUACAAUACAGUUUAAAUAAUUUGAAACAACAUUAAAAAUUAUUCAUAGACUACGAUCUAUUUAAAUAUUUUUAAUACAUUUUAAUGUAUUACAAAUAUUAUACAUACCUAAUUGUAAAUGGGUAUAUCUUAAAAUAAUGCGUGUCUUUUAAAUAAUUUUAAUGAUAAAAAGUCUUUUACUUGUUUUAUUCUUCCAAAUCAUAUCGUAUUUGUAAUUUUAUAACUAUUAAAAAAACAAAAAAAAAAAUCAAUAAAGCUUAAAUUAUCAGUGAAUAAAAAUUCUAUUUAAUUGCUUGUUAAUAAAUUACAACUAUCAAAAUUAUUAUUCUAUGAAUAAUGAAUAUAGGGAAAAUUGCAAAUUUGAUAGGAUAUUUGAUUUCGUAAUAAUGCUUUUCUGGCAAAUUAAAAUAUUAUGUUAGUUUUUUCAAUAUAUUUUUUUAAUAAUAUACAAUUAUGAUUUUUUAUGUCAAUCACAUUUAAACUCGAAUGUAAUCAAGUGCCCCCUCUUUCCCUAAAAAUAAAUAAAUAAAAUUCAUCUUUUACUACCAUUUUUUUUAAUAACAAUUUAAACCGUGAAAUGCAAAUAUUUUAUGUUAAAUCAAUCAAUCACUAAACAAAUAAAAAUAAAAUGUUAUCAGUUCCACAGAUACAACCGGUCUGGAUUGGCUCACUCCUAUCACAGUUAUUAGUUGUUACUUUCCUUUAUUAAAAUACAAUUAAAACAUCAAACUAACUUAAAAUGUGGGGCUUACACCCAAUUUGAUCGGUAUCCCAUAAUACUUCAAAAAAUCUUUAAAAAACCAAACACCCAAAACCCAUAUAUAAUAUAAUUAGAAUGAUAUUUUUUUUUAAUUCUGGAAUAAUACUUCCGAGUUCUAAAACCUGCUAUAAUUGUUAUCAUAAAAAUGUCAUAUGAUAUAAAAUCUUUUUGUAUGUAUUUUUUACAGUUAUAGUUAAAUGUAAAUAAUUUAAUAUUAAAACUAACAAUAAUAAUUCCGAAAUUCUAAUUAAUAACGAUGAACCAAAUGUAUUUAUUUUUACAUAAUUAUAUUAUGUAUAUAAUAUCUGUUAUUUAAUGCUAAACACAUUAAACUGUACGAACCCACCCUUAUUAUUUUUAUAGAUAACCAAUCACAAUUCACUUAUUAGUAAUUACCUACAUCAAUACAGGACAUACCUACAUAUUAUGCUAUAUCAUAUAAGACAAUUGUGUUUGUUUUGUACGUACCAACCUAUCUAAAUAUUUUAUGUAGAAAUCAUAAGUGCGAAAUUGUAUUAAAUUCUGUAACAUUAUUUCAAAUGUUGUUUUUUUUUUAAUAUAAAUAUAUCUAUUAAUUUUAAGCUUAAUUUGUAUUUGGUGUGAGUAGUAAUGGAACGAAAGCAAUAAAACAGCACAUCUCUUGAUUAUUGAAUCCAUAAUAAUCAUUAUUCAUUAUACAACUUUCAGUUACAAAACCACCACUGAGAUCGUAAAUUAAAUAAUUAUAAAUAAUGAAUUUUAUUUAAGUAUUCAAAUUUAUACAAUAUUACAUUCAACCGUGAGAUAUGCUGAACUUGACUUUUUUCACCUAUUAACUGUUAAAAAUAUAAUUUAUGUAUCUAUUAGAAAAAUGCUUUUGUAAUUUGUAUGAUUGAUAAAAUACCAGUAUGAUUUUUAAAUGUUGACAUCUAUGUUGUUAAAAGUCUAUACCAAUAAAAAUGUUGAU